AUGGAUUUAAUUUGUGAACAAAGUGCGAUCGAGUUGCCAAGUAAAAAGAAAGUGAAAUUACGAAUGAAAAAUUUGAGAUUACAUUCUUCUGGUGUAUUCAGUAAUGUUUAUCGUGGUACAUUACUUAGUCCUGGGCCACGAAAAGAAAUAGCAUUGAAGAAAACUUGGCCAAACUUGGAAAUGAACUCACAAGCAAAUACAGAAUUGAAAGUGCUUCUUGAUUUGGGACAUAAAAGACAUAAAAAUAUUAUUGAAAUCUGUGAAACGAUAAUAUUCGAAUAUUUACCACAAACAAUAUCAAACAUCGUUAAACAAAUUGGUGGUAAAUGUCCUGACUAUAUCGAAAUAAAAUUGUAUUCCUGGCAGCUGUUUAAUGGAUUGACUUAUUUGUCAAAUAAUCACAUUUGCCAUCGUGAUAUAAAACCACAAAAUUUGCUAAUUGAACCAUUUAGUGGUAUGUUAAAAAUUGCUGAUUUUGGUUCAGCAAAAUUUAUGAAAAAGAUGACAAAAUCAACUUUUUAUCAGGUCACGCGAUAUUAUCGUCCACCAGAACUCUUACUUAAAGCAACUUUCUAUUCACCUCAAGUUGAUGUUUGGUCUGGUGGUUGUGUAUUGGGAGAAAUUACUAAAGGCAGUAUAUUAUUUCCCGGCAAAAAUGCGCAACAUCAGUUUAAAUUAGUAGUGGAUGCUCUUGGAAAUCCGGAUGAAACAGAACUAAUGGAUAUGAAAGCGGCAAUACUAUUAAUUGAUGAUCAAAUUGCGCCACAUGGCUUUAAACCCAUUUUACCUUAUGCAUCUGAGGAAAUUAUCGAUAUUCUUCAACGAAUACUUGUUUAUAGUCCAAAUAAACGCUUAUGUGGUGAAGUGUUAUUGUCGGAUCCAUUCUUUCAAGAACUUUUCAUCCCUAAUAAACGUCGAACUAAUGGAACUUUUAUUUCCAAUAUAAUUACAUUAGAUGACAUACAAGAAAUACUGUAUGCUUUAUUUAAUUUUUGA